GUCACGCUUCAAGGGUCAUGUUUACAAAUAAAGUUUAACACAAAAGAUGACAAAAAUGAUACAGUCCGAUGAAAAUGCACCUCUCAUCUCCCAAAAGAGUGCGGGACCAGAGAAAGUACACAAAGGCUGGGGUUACCGCCACGUCCUGGCUUUCCUUGCAUUCUUCGGCUUCUUCAAUGUGUACUGCAUGAGAGUGAACUUGAGUGUGGCUAUGGUGGACAUGGUUAAACAUAUCAAUGACUCCAACAACAGCACAAGUGAUGAAUGUCCAGAUUCCAACACAGUCAAUUCUACAAAGGAACAUGUUGGAGAGUUUGGCUGGAGCAGAGAUCUGCAGGGCUAUGUUCUGGGCUCGUUCUUCUACGGCUACAUUCUCACCCAGAUCCCGGGAGGAUAUCUGGCUGAGAAGUUUGGGGCCAAGUUCUUGUUUGGUUUUGGUGUCCUGUGCACAGCAGUGUUCACCUUGUUGACGCCCCUGGCUGCUCGCUGGAAUGUGGGUGUGUUUAUUGCUGUCCGGGUGCUGGAAGGCUUGGGAGAGGGCGUCACGUUUCCAGCCAUGCAUGCCAUGUGGUGGAAAUGGGGACCAUUGUAUGAGAGGUCAAAGUUGACAGGAUUUUCAUAUACAGGUGCCCAAAUGGGUACAGUGAUUUCAAUGCCGAUAUCGGGUUACCUUUGUGACAGUGGGUUUUUGGGAGGAUGGCCGUCCGUGUUCUAUGUGUUUGGUGCUCUUGCAUGUUUGUGGUUCAUUCUGUGGAUGAUGAUGGCCUAUAACACGCCUGCGGAUCACCCCCACAUCUCAGUAGAAGAAAGGGAAUACAUUGAGUCUUCUGUGGGCAGAAAGGAGGACCUAGCAACACCAUGGGGCCCAAUCCUUCGGUGCCCAGCUGUCUGGGCAAUAAACGUGGCCCACUUUGCCAACAACUGGGGCUUCUACACAAUGCUUACAAGUCUUCCCGGCUACAUGAAAAAUGUCCUUAAGUUUGACCUCAAAACAAAUGCUUUACUGUCAGCGUUACCAUACCUUGGCUGCUGGUUAGGCCAAAACUGUUCCAGCUUUACAGCUGACUAUCUGCGCAGCAAUGGCUACCUUUCCACCCAAGCAACUAGACGUCUUCUCACCGUUUUUGGCCUAGCUGUCCCUGGCAUUCUUAUGAUCUGUAUCCAGUUUGCGGGCUGUAACCACACAGUGAUAGUGGCGCUGUUGGUCCUUUGUCUCACGGCUGGAGGGUUCACCAUGGGAGGUUUCCAGGUCAACCACAUUGACCUCUCACCAAACUUUGCUGGAGUGUUGAUGGGGAUGUCCAACACUUGGGCCACGAUACCGGGCUUCCUUGGCCCAGAGGUUGUUGGAUGGCUCACUACCAAACAUGACACAAGACAACAAUGGCAGAUAGUGUUUUACAUUGCUGCAGCUGUGUACAUAUCUGGUGCAAUAAUCUACUGUAUAUUUGCCCGGGGCACGGAACAACCCUGGAAUAACCUUGAGCAAUCACAGGGAGUGUCCUUCAAACGUGCCGUAGAUACUGAGGUUUCUGUGAACAGAAAUAGGGGCACAGACAGAGAAAAACGCCUAGUUACCGUCAGUUAUGAUUGACGACGCUGGUUGGAUUAUAGAUGGUAUUUUGUAUCAGUGUAUCGAAUGAAACAAUGCUGCAGUCAUGACGUAAUUGUGAUAGAUCCAUCAUGUGUUUCUGGUCCUGAUGGAAAAAAUCAGACUUGAGGGCACGCGCAUACGCCAAUAACGAGUCUUGCCCAGACACCGGCCAUGCAGUAUGCUGGAGGGUCAGACUUUUUUUUUCGAUCCGGACUAGGGCACAUGAUUGAUCACACCUUAAAUUACUCCAUUUUAAAAAUAAAUCGACAUAGAAAACGCCUUUUUGUUCAUUUCACAAAAAAGGCGUGUGACGUUGUUUACUGAAGUCAUGACACCUUUUACUUUUUUAUCAAUGUUGACAUCAAAUAGAUCAUCUAAAAUCACAGUUUUAAACAAUUUAUUUAAAAAUACUUUUAUUGAAUUAUUGAAAUGAUUAUUGAAAUGAUAUGAAUAUUCUCACAUUAUUUGUACAGUUGUUAGUCAUUAUUGUUUUACAUACAGUAAGAGAAAUAAGAAGUUGCACGAUGUUGCUUGCGUAUAAUUCAUCUGACAUGGGGGGGGGGCAUUUUUUUCUAGCACGCUCAAUUUCACCGGAAAUGCCUAUCUGGUUUGUGGUUUGCAUGUUUGUUAGUGUUCUACGUUGAGGAUCUACAGAAGAGGGAGCUGGCUGAGGGAAUUCGCUCCACUGUCUUUAGAACGUCAAACUUGAACAUUAACCAUUUUGGUCUUUCGAGUAAGUCGCCUGUAAUCACAUAUUUUUUUGAGCGAAAGUUCAACCGCCAGUCCACUCUCCUCAUUAGUUUAAUUACGGCGAUGGUGAAUAGUCGCUGAAUUGUCUGUAAACUUGAUUUAUUAUGGGUAUGAAAACAUCUAAAUUGUAAAACGGUUGUCUGCUUUUUAGGCAAAAUAAUCAAAUUUGAAUUAAUACAAUGCAGUUUUACACAGGUUUGUUUUGAUAUAUUGUAUUUAUUCACCUUAACGGGAUCUUUCACUCCCCUUAAAUGAUCGUGAUCGCCUUUCUUUCAUUUUAUUUACUCUUAUCUUAUUUUGCAAUGACUAACUAUUUACUCAUUUUGCAUUCAACAAAGUGGUUUAUUCCAACGUGAAUGUGAUCUGAAAGCAAUGAAAAUUAUGAAAUUUCGGUCACUUUACUGAACUAUUAUAAGUUCAGGUGCAGGACAUUAGCAUUAUUUGAUUUGACCUCUUCCUUCUCUGUCAGUUAAAAAACACAGCAAACGGCACAGCGGUAAACAGAAAAUAGAGGGUUAGUAUUGCAUUCUACAAAAAUAAUUUUUGUCUCCACUGUCAGACAUGAUCUACUAGUACCUGAAAUUGAGCUAUAGAUAAUUGGACCAAACCUUGACGGCCUUGUGCAUCUAAACCGGCUUUAUUACUGAAUUGUUAGUUACUGGGGUGGUCUCAAUAAGUGGUCCCCAUAAUUUUUAUUGUCUAAUUCGAGGGGUGAAAACGAAAAGAUUCUAUAUGCUUCUUUAUUUAAUGUCACUUAGAACAUUUUCGCAUUCACUCCUCUAAUUGAAAGGUGUUUUUUUAGUUGUGUUUUUUAUUACGUCUUGUAUGUUAUUUGAUGUAUGAUAUUAUUUUAUUUGUGAGUCAAUGUUCAAACGGUGCAACUAAUUUUAUGUAUGUUUGAAACUACACGUAAUAUUAUCUGUGAUAUACAUGUACUGUGUGCAAUGAUGAAUACAUGAAUGAUGAAUCCAUGA